AUGGAACAGUUGGUCGCGAGACCCCGGGCCCGCGCAGUGCAACUGUCAAUGCUUAUCGAAUUUAUUUGUCAAAAAGUCUAUACGGAUUUGAUGCGGCUGGUUGACCUACUUCCGAGCAAAACGGAUCUGGAGAAGAAGACAGAAAUUGCAACUUUCUUUAGUCGCACUCGACAUUUAUUCAUUCGAUUAGAGGCUCUCGUCAAAUGGUCUAAUAAUGCUUCCAAAGUUGACAAGUGUGAGGUUACUCUGACUUUGAUGUCCGAAGCUGUUGACUUCCCUUGGCGUGUUUUGGAUGUGGAGUUCUUAAUUAAAGAUCCGGCGACGAAUGCUUUCUCUGUGUCACUACAGCUGGACCUACUACAUGGUCAAGCCCAACGAGCUCGUCUCAAACGUCCGGCAGACCAAUUGGUCAUUGAGAAUUAUCGGCCUGGGCAAACCUUGGCCAUCUCUUACUGGCAUGGUCUGAGUCGAAACAAGUUUCAGGCGCUUCUAUCACCGGAUGGCAAACUCCUUCCCGUCUCUUACUCGCUAAUCAUACACGUGGAUCCGCUUGAUGCACAACGACCAUUGUGCGUGAGCCACAGACCCGAACUGCCUGCGACUGAGUCUCAUCGGAUCGGAACCUUGUUACAGGAUUUACGGCAAACUCUGAUGCUACUCAGCCCGGGUCCUGUUCGUUUAGCGGAUGCCCCACUUUGUUUGUACGUUCCAUUACUUUGGCCCUGUCAUCCGGAGGAAUAUUUACAGUUUCGUGUCGAUCCCACUCAAGGCACGAUCUCUGCCGCGUGUCCCCUGCUCACUUCAACGGAGACAGAUAAACUGCUCGUUGGUCCAUUCUCUAACACACAGCCUGCGUCGUCCGGAUCAUACGAAGGAUUUUCACGCGCUUCCGUAUGUGCCGCUCUAAGCGCGUUAGAAUCGGCUUUAAAUCAACCAUCCACCAGACGCAUUCUUCCCGUGACUUCUUCCGGGACGAUUGUACCACCGUCAAACAUGGAAACCGGCCUAUUGGCCACACAAAAUCGAAGCUUGCGUUCUCUAUCCCAGGGCGAAGCACGCUGGCGAGCGGUCAUCUGUCAAGCACUGGAACACUUACGCCUAUGUCACGGACUUCUUCGAUUACUCCGCACGGCAAAAGCGAAUCGUCCGUUCUGGCAACCGGCCAAACGUUGUCUUCCAAUUGUACUCACCCCGACUCAAAUCAGCCGAGCACAAAAAUCUGAUCCACCUGCCUGGUCCACUGCUCUCGUCCGAUUCCAGCAGUCGCUUCGAUGGCCGAUUGUGUUUGUUCAACUUUUGCCCAACAACGAAUACUAUAUUGUGUGUGAGGUGACUUCGGCUCCGGCUUUGAAUGUGCAAUACCAAUACAGCCUCCUGGUCUGUGCCCCAGUACCACCUCAGGCCGAGAUCACCUUAGAUUCACGGGGACUGCUAGUCUGGUCUGGAGGGAAUGUGACCCAAUCCACCGGAAUACUGUCGCCCACCGGAACAAAUCUGUUCGUACAAGUUACACAUUUUGUCCCGUUGCAAGUUGGCGCACUUUUGUUCGAAAACCCGUCCACCUCACUGAGUUUGCUUCAGUCAUGCACAGAAAAAGCUAAAGCUAAACUACUGAAUCAGCGUAAAUCUCGUGUGACCGAACUACUGAUGCGUAUGAGCCGGAAUUCGUUCCGGUCCGGGGCUCCCAUCACCAGCAGUUAUGUGUCACUGACCUCACCGAAACAAUGUGUCCUUGAAAGUCAGCUGAUCACUAUUCCACAAUUACUGCGGCUCUGUGGAACACUGGAAGAACGAAUUCUAAUCAACUGUUUCUCGUUGGAAUUAUCUCGUGCCGGUGUCGUUCACGAUGGGGUUCGCUACGAUGAAAGUGGCUACCUAUCUUCCAUUCGACUUAUCAGCAUCCCAUUCAAUCAGCCAUCAUGGCAAUCCUCCGACGUGCCUCCACUCUCGCAAUACGUCCGUGAACUCGUGCUUCGCCCGCACUUUGAUCCGUUCACGCAUCGACGUAGUUGGCAAUUGGACAUCCCAUUCACCGGAUUCUUGGCUCGUCUCAAUNCGUCUCAAUCGAACCCAACCAGAUUCGCAGUGUCGACCACUUCGACAUCAGACAGCCGAAUGGUCUGUAGACCGACUGGAAGAUUUCACUGUGGUCGUGAAGAAUAUUUUAAAUGA